UCUUCGUCUCUCACAAAACUAUUAAUAUAUUUUUCCUCUUCAAAACCAGCUAUGUAAGGCUAGAAAUUUUCUUUUCUUUUCUUUUCAAUUAAUAAAAUUUAUGUAUUAUUUAUAUACUCCUAUAAAAUAUUAAAUGAGAGAGUGGAAGAAUAAACCAAAGAAAUAUAGAGAAAAAAAAAAGAAGAGAAAAGAGAGAAAGAAAGAGCCUUGUAGAGGAUGACCUCAUCCUCUCUUCUUCCUCUUCUUAUCAUUCCUCUUCUUAGAUCUUAGUUUACGCAUCUGGGUUCCUUUCAAACGGAAUGCUAGAUUGAUAUAUCCUUGAUCCAAUGUCCCUGAAUUCAAUUGCCAAUCACCCGAUUUUUGGUUGAUCGGAAUUAUAACUGGAUUCUUCACAUUUUACAUAAAAAGAAGAAAAAUAACAAAAAUAAAAUGCAGUCAGAUCUUGGUAAGCUUUUCAUUGGUGGGAUUUCAUGGGACACAGAUGAGAAUAAGUUGAAGGAGUAUUUUGGACAAUAUGGAGAAGUGGUGGAGGCUAUGAUCAUGAGGGAUCGUACCACAAAUCGUGCCCGUGGAUUUGGUUUUAUUGUCUUUGCUGAUCCUGUUGUUGCUGAGAGAGUUGUGAUGGAAAAACACAUGAUUGACGGCAGAACAGUUGAAGCAAAGAAAGCAGUCCCUAGGGAUGAUCAGCAGAUUUCGAAUAGGAACAAUAAUCUCAUCCAUGGAUCUCCUGGUCCUGGACCUACCAAAAAGAUUUUUGUAGGAGGUUUAGCGUCUACAGUUACCGAGAGUGAUUUCAAGAAGUACUUUGAGCAGUUUGGUAUCAUUACUGAUGUUGUGGUAAUGUAUGAUCAUAACACCCAAAGGCCAAGAGGGUUUGGUUUCAUCACUUAUGACUCAGAAGAUGCUGUAGAUAGUGUGUUGCAGCAAACUUUCCAUCAACUCAAUGGAAAAAUGGUAGAGGUUAAGCGGGCAGUACCAAAAGAGCUAUCCCCAGGCCCGAGUCGCAGCCCCCUAGUAGGAUACGGUAGUUAUGGUAUGAGUAGGGCUAGCAACUUCAUCAAUAGUUAUGCUCAAGGUUACAAUCUUAACUCUAUUGCAGGAUAUGGUAGACUUAAUCCUCUUGUUACUGGUCGAACCGGUCUUCCCCCAUUUGGUAAUCCUGGAUUUGGAAUGAGUAUGAAUAUGGAGCCAGGAUUGAAUGCUAGCUAUGGUGCAAACUCUAACUUCAGCAACAGUCUGGGUUUUGGCCGUGCUUUGGGACCUUUUUUUAAUGGCAACUCGAACAGAUACAACACUCCUAUUGGGUUUAAUGUGGGUAAUACAAGAGGUGAUUCUCUGGCAAACUCAGCAGCAAGAAAUGUCUGGGGAAAUGGUUCUUUUAGCAGUCCCGCAAAUCCGGUCAGUCCUGGAGCUUUUUUAGGAUCUGGUAGUGGCAAUUUCAGUGCCUCACUCGGAAAUAAUGGAGCUAACUGGAGUUCAUCUUCUUCCGUAUCCCAAGGUGGCAGUAUUAAUCCUGGAUAUAGCAGUGGAAAUCUUGGUUAUGGUUUUAAUGAUGGUUAUGGAUUGGGAAGUGAGGGUUACGGAAGAACUCAUACUUCGGAUUCAGCUCCAGCUGCUACUUUUGCUGCAUCCACAGGUGGUUUUGAUACACCUUAUGGAGACCUAUAUCGUGGUGGGUCAGGUUAUGGUGAUUCAACAUGGCGCUCUAGCUCUCCUGAGCUUGAGGGAUCUGGUUUUGGUCUCGGCAAUGCAGCUGCAGAUAUUGCUUCCAGAACUUCUGAUGGUUUGAUUGGAGGAUACGGUGCGGCAAAUAGACAAGCAAAUAGAGGAAUUGCAGCAUAUAAGAGGCCAUUCGAGCAUCCCUCAGUAAGACUGUGAGUUCGUACAUCCCUCAUUAAUGUAUCUCGGUUUAUAAAGAAAUUCUGCAUAUGGUAGUAACAAGGAUCUCUUCUCAGUAUACCGAGUCAGUAAGGUUCGGGACUUGAACUAUUUUUCUUCUUCCCUUCAAAGCUAGGUUUUUGGCAUUUGGUUGAGUUGUAAAAUCAGAUUGCGGGAUAUACUCGAAACGUUCAUUCAGGAUUAGAUCAUCAGUGCACGAUAAGUGAGGGUGCAAGCGAUAGCAUAUCAGAUAUAGAUCAGUGUUUUUUCUGCGUUUCGUUUUCUUGAUUUUCUUAUCCAAGAAUUUUUAUUUUUUACUUGUUUUAACAUGCUGUAACGACUAGACUAGUUAGUCGAAUUUCAUGUAUCAGUUCAUAUAUUUACUAGUUUUUCCUCGAAUUGUAUGUCCCGAGGUGUUGUUCUAUUUUGAUUUAUAGUGUGAAACAAUAGAGGGAUACCCAUUUAGGAUUCCCUUAAAAUAAGCUUACUUGAUAAUCAAAAAUCAUUUGGGUUUGAAUAUGAGAAUUUCUCUCUGUUGUUGAAACAAAUUGAAAAAUUCGAUUGUUUACAAUGAAAUGAAUGUUAAGAAUUCUGAUCA